AUGCCUGGGUUCAUCUUAUGGCCCUUGAGGGGUAUUUGUGUUCCUUCCAUUAAAACUGUUGUAAGCUGGACUUUGUCAGUUUGGUCACUUGCAAUUAUUAGGUGGUUUGGUGGGCUUCUGACUGAUAGCUCAGCUGGUAAAGAAUCCGCCUGCAAUGCGCGAGACCUGGGUUUGAUCCCUUGGUUGAGAAGAUGCCCUGGAGAAGGGAAAGGCUACCCACUCCAGUAUUCUGGCCUGGAGAAUUCCGUGGACUGUAUAGACCACGGGGUCGCAAAGAGUCGGACACGACUGAGCGACUUUCACUUUUGGUGGCUUCCAGUAGAUGAGGGCUGUAGAUCUCCUUCCCGCAACCUUGCUAGGUGGUAUAUUACACAGAAAUCAGGUUUUAAGCCAGUGUCUGCAUCAUUCAUGUACAUAUACAAGCAGGCACCAGAACAGACAUCCUACAAUAGUCAACCUGUCAUGUAA